CCACGUUGGACGCGGGCAACCCCGCUGGAAGGCCACUCCCGGCCCCAGAAUGCACUGCGUGGCGCGUCACUCCGAGCCUUGGGUCCGGGAGCACAGGUCUUCUGUGGGUUGAAAUGUCUAUGAUUUUAUCUGCCUCUGUCAUUCGUGUCAGAGAUGGACUGCCGCUGUCUGCAUCUACUGAUUAUGAGCAGAACACAGGAAUGCAGGAGUGCAGAAAGUACUUUAAAAUGCUUUCGAGGAAACUUGCUCAGCUUCCUGAUAGAUGUACACUGAAAACUGGACAUUAUAACAUUAAUUUUAUUAGCUCUCUGGGAGUGAGCUACAUGAUGUUGUGCACUGAAAAUUAUCCAAAUGUUCUCGCCUUCUCUUUCCUGGAUGAGCUUCAGAAGGAGUUCAUUACUGCUUAUAACACGAUGAAGACAAACACUGCUGUCAGACCAUACUGUUUCAUUGAAUUUGAUAACUUCAUUCAGAGGACCAAGCAGCGCUAUAAUAAUCCCAGGUCUCUUUCAACAAAAAUAAAUUUGUCUGACAUGCAGAUGGAAAUCAAGCUGAGGCCCCCUUACCAAAUCCCGAUGUGUGAGCUGGGAUCAGCCAAUGGAGUCACAUCUGCAUUUUCUGUUGACUAUAAAGGUGCUGGUAAGAUUUCUUCCGCCCAUCAGCGACUGGAACCAGCAACUCUGUCAGGGAUUGUGGCGUUUAUCCUUAGUCUUUUAUGUGGAGCUCUGAAUUUAAUUCGAGGCUUUCAUGCCAUAGAAAGCCUCCUGCAGAGUGACGGUGAGGAUCUUAAUUACAUCAUUGCGUUUUUCCUUGGAACAGCAGCCUGCCUUUACCAGUGUUAUUUACUUGUGUACUACACCAGCUGGCGGAAUGUCAAAUCAUUUCUGACUUUUGGCUUAAUCUGUCUGUGCAACAUGUAUCUCUAUGAACUGCGCAACCUCUGGCAGCUUUUCUUCCAUGUGACGGUGGGAGCAUUUGUUACACUUCAGAUCUGGCUGAGGCAAGCCCAAGGCAAGGCUCCUGACCAUGAUGUCUGACAUCUCCCUUUGGACGUAUUGCCUUUGCCUUCAGGGGAAGGAGAGGACAUAUCUUAACUGCCACUGUGAUGAAGAAACCAGUCUCUACACUUGAGAAGCUCUGCUUUCUUUCUCUUCUCAUCUUCCCUUUUUGUUCUUACAAAUCAGCCUGGCAUGCCUAUGAGCAUGCAAGACCUGAAAGGAAAACUCCCAAGGAACCCUGCAGUGGAAUGUCAGGCUCAUCACAGUAGAAGAAACCUCGCACUAUCUGAGGAUCUGACAGAUAGCACUGAAUCCUCACUAGAGAGUUAACCAAAACUUAGUCAUGGAACGUGCUCCGAGGACCAAGCAGGAAUUCUACAACUUGAGUUUGCCUUUGUAAGGCAUUAGUAUAGACCAGUUAAGAAGAUGCUACCUGAAUUGGAAAGUUAUGGUCUAAAGCAACGACUACUAAGUUUCAGAUAAUUUGCACAAUUAUAGCACCAAGAGUUUAUGAAGUCCAGAAUGGCAUGAAAUUGGUUCCUUUGCUUUUCUGUUUCUGCCACCUUCCAACUCUGGAAAUCACCUGGUGUGGAAGAAGGCUGUGGUCACAGCUCUAGAAUAUCACGAAUCCUGCCAACCCGUUGACAUGUUUUCUUUCUAGACCAUGUUUGUCAUUGCUUUUGAAAUCACUAAAAAUACAAGAUUCAUUUGACUAUUGUGUCUCCCAAACUUUAUCAUCUGGAUUUGCCUAAUUUCUAACCUUUAAAUUUUUUAAGUUUUUAACAAAGAACCCCUUUUCCAAGUAGAAAAUCAGUAUCUCUUUGCCACUACACAAUGAAAUGGGUUCUUACAAGACACUGAUACCUGCCAUGGCUCUAACCCUGAGUGGUACUUGUGAGUAAUGAGAGGUGUUGACUUGGCACUGAAGUGAGAGUCCCUCUGUGGAAUAUUCAAAGAGUAAUGGGAAAUUGCAAAGGGAAUGAUAGUUUCACAGUGACACAGCAGUGAGAGUCAGAAUAAGGACUUCCCCUCACAGCUUCCAUUACUUCAUGCUAGCAAGUAUCCAGAAAAAAUAACACUCUUACACCCUUAGAAAGAUGAUUCAAGCCACUUUGAAUUCAUAAUAUGGGAGUACUGCUUGAUUUCAUUUGCAAAAAGUCUAUAAGGCACCUAGUUUGGA